AUGUGCUGGCGAAUUCGUCAACACUCAAACAGCACUCAAGAAACCCAAGAACGGACCAAAACACAUGCAUUGCAUCUUAACUUUCGAUUCAAGCUAGUGCAUGUCCUAGAACUCCUAGCUGGGUACCUAGUAUUUUAGUUUAAGUAUCUACUCUAGCUAAGGUCGUCUUCUUCUGCCUAACCUCGUCUCCUCCAGUACUGCUCAGGAGCAAUGGGAAUUGGAGACCGAAAAUCCCAACCAAUUAGAAAACUUUUGGGUUCCUAUUUACAGUUUUUUCAUGCCUUUCAUCUCGUGUUCUUUUUCAUUGGUUUGUCCAUUGGAGUCAUGAUCAGCUUAUUCUGCAAAAACUUCAUAUUCAAAUUGCAAACCACCUCAGAUUCUGUCUCUUCGUUCACACUACCGACGUCAACAUCACUGUCGCUGCUUCCGCCGCCACCCUCACCAGCGCCGAUCCCUUUACUGGAUUCCGGUGAUGUCGUUACAUCCGAUGUUGAGGCACAGACACUUCUGGUGCACAAUAUGGAUGAUGAUCUUGAGUUGUUUUGGCGGGCAUCGUUUGUUCCGAGGAUUACAGAGUUUCCCUAUAACCGUGUGCCUAAAGUUGCUUUCAUGUUCUUGACAAAGGGUCCUAUACCUCUAGCCCCAUUGUGGGAAAUGUUCUUCAAAGACCAUCAAGGACUUUACAACAUAUAUUUUCACCCUCAUCCAUCCUAUGUAGAAUCGUGGCCCAAAAAUUCUGUUUUCUAUCGAACAAGAAUUCCAAGCAAGCAAGUUGAAUGGGGAAAACCAACCAUGAUUGACGCCGAGAGACGUCUACUAGCGAGUGCCCUCCUUGACUUCUCUAAUGAACGAUUCGUGUUGUUGUCCGAGACUUGCAUCCCACUAUUCAACUUCACUACAGUAUACAACUACCUCAUGAAUUCCAAUAAGAGCUUUUUAGCUUCCUAUGAUGAUCCAAGGAAAGUUGGCCGUGGCAGAUACAAUCCCCAAAUGGAUCCUACAGUAACAAUAUCAGAUUGGCGAAAAGGGUCACAAUGGUUCGAGGUCAACCGCAAACUUGCAAUAGAGAUCAUAUCAGAUACCAAGUACUACCCCAUAUUCAAAAAGUAUUGCAGUCCUCCUUGCUACAUGGAUGAGCAUUACAUCCCUACCCUAGUGAACAUUAUCGGCCCCGGUCACAACUCAAACAGGACCGUUACUUGGGUUGAUUGGUCCAAGAGUGGUCCGCACCCUGGAAGAUUUGGGAGGAAUGGUGUUUCAGAUGAAUUGCUGAAUCGAAUAAGGUUUGGUACUAAUGGUACCUGUGAUGGUGAUGUUAAUACAACCAGUUCUAUGUGCUUUUUGUUUGCUAGGAAGUUCAUGCCGGACACUCUGCAACCUCUCUUGCAAAUUGCACCCGUGUUGCUAGGUUCCAUUUCUCAAUAGUCUUACUAAUAUGAUAAAUCCGUAUAGUCCUCUUUUGUUUUUACCUUUUUUUGGACAAUCCAUAUCCUUCUUCAUUCAGUUUAUAUGUUACUCAAACAGGACCGUUACUUGGGUUGAUUGAGGGUUACAUUUAUACUUUUGCCAAAGAAGUCCAUAGUAAAUAGCCCAAUUAGAUAUUGUAAAAUGAGAUUCAUUUUAUACGAGAAAAAUGCUAGACUUAUUACAUGUGUAUUUAAGAUGACAUGUUUCGUUACAUAUAAAAAACGAUGUAUUUAAGAUUCAUUUUAGGGCAAAUUUCAUUUUACCACUCUGAUCUUUAGACUCUAAAUCAUUUGUGCCC